AUGGAGGUGGCAAAGGAUUGUAGUGAGGAUUAUACAACGAUAACUGACGCAGUAAUAGAGGCCCCACAUUGGGCUAGAGAGGAAGAGAAGUGGGUGAUUUUAGUAAGAGAAGGGGUUUACAUAGAAAAUGUGGAGGUGAGGAGAGAGAAGAUAAAUAUUAUGAUGAUAGCGGAGGGGAUGGAGAAGAUUGUGAUCAUAGGGAGUAUGAAUGUUCUAGAUGAAUUCUCCACCUUCAACUCAUUAACUCUUCAACACUAUGACACCCUCUACGCCCACUCCGUCCACCAGUUCUAUAGAGACUGUCACAUCUACGGCACUAUUGACUUCAUCUUCGGCAAUGCAGUAGCAGUAUUCUAA